AUGAGCCUCGACGCGUCACUUACCAUCGUCAACGCCCUCGUCCAAGCUAUCGAGACGCAGUUCCCCUCCAUCAGACGCGACGCACCAUGGUCCCUCAACUACCGCGCCUUUCGCGAAGCAAAUGCUCCCAAGGAUCCUCCGCCUAUGGUACCAGAUGCCGAGGGUAAUCCGGCUCGGCAGCCACCUGUGCACGCCUACCAACAUUUGCUACACCAUUCGAGCCUCGAUCAGAACCGCACAUUUAUAUGCAUACAGAAUGCCUCGAGCCAAGCUACGGUUACAUCGAUCCCUUUGCAACAGCAGGACGCCCACGUCUUUACAAUGCGACAGUACAUGGCUGCGCUUUGGGCACCAAGACAUACUUUGACUGUACAGCAAGGCGUCACCUACAGUGCUGGCAUGUUUACCAUACACUUGGCCGAACUGCGAGCCACUCGCGAAGGCCCACAGUCUGGCGCCAUACAAUCUCCAGGAGUCGUGUGCUGCAUCAGCAUGUCUGUCGGACUGUCAGAUUCAGACGAUGAAGGAGGCAACAUGACCGCAGCGAUGGAAGAACAAGUAGACUUUGAGUCCACACAACAGAUGAUUCGAGCGUGUUGGAACAUGAUCAGAUCCGGGCGCGACAUUGGCCGCUCCGAGGUCCAAGAGACCAUGAUGGCACCUACGCUCACGAGCCACAAGGAACGAGGGAGAGAGUCGGCGGUGCGGCUUUGGUGUGAUGUCUUGCGAUUGCGAGGGUGA